AUGGAACGGUUGAGGGGGGGAGGACUGCUUGUUCAGGGGACUCCCUUGAUGUGGGAGGACUCGCUGCCUUGGCUCAGCUACGUGCGCGAGCAUGGUGUCUUGCAGUUCAUUCACACCUACUACGCGCACAAGGGAAGAAACGGCGAGAAGCUGCUGUGGGGGGAAGAGCUGGAGUAUCAGAUUCUCAAGGUUGAUAGAGAGAACAAGAAGGUGAGGAUCUCUCUGCGCGGGGCUGAAGUGCUCGAAACCCUGAGGGGUAGAGAGGACAAGAGCGGGAGGUCGGACAACCGCAAGGAGGCAUGCGCAUGGCACCCGGAGUACGGGGCAUGGAUGAUUGAAGGCACUCCCAGGAUGCCAUUUGGAGGGUUUGUGCGCGAUCUGCGCAGAGUGGAGCUGUCGAUGCGGUUGAGGAGAAGGAGGAUCCUCGCGGCUCUGAGUAAGGACGAGAUCGUCCCCACCAUCACCGCCUUCCCUAUGAUGGGCACGCAAGACUUCACUGACCCUCCCACAGAGCCCAACGGCCCCGUCGCUCAGUCGGACACUUGCUCUGAUGCCGUCAUCAACGGACACCCGAGGUUCGCGACGCUGACCGGAAACAUCCGGAAGAGGAGGGGAUCAAAGGUGAACAUCAAAGUGCCCUUGUUCUUGGACUCCAAGACGGAAGAGAGGUGCGCCAACGAGACCAUCCCCAACCCCGACGAGCCUCUUCGCAUGUCUGGCUUCGACAACUGGACUUGCCCGCGACGGCACACGAUCGAGAUGGACUGCAUGGCAUUUGGCAUGGGCAUGUGCUGCUUGCAAGUCACUUUUCAGGCUCGCGACAUCCACGAGUCGCGUCAUCUCUACGAUCAGCUUGCGGUCCUCACCCCAAUCAUGCUCGCCCUGUCUGCCUCCACCCCCAUCCUUAAGGGAAGGCUGGCAGACACUGACGUCCGCUGGGCUACCAUCGCUGCUUCCGUUGACGACCGGACGCCGCAGGAGCGAGGGCUGGAGGUGUGUGCUCCCUCGCACAAGGGGCAGAUGGGAUGGAUGGCAGGAGGAGGCGCAAGAGCUCUGCCCAAGUCGAGGUACGAAUCUAUCUCCUCCUACAUCUGCGACUGCAAGCAGGGAUCAGACCCGACCUCCUCGCUGGACAAGUACAACGACAUUCCCUGCCCCAUUGACGAGACUUCCUACGAGACUCUGAUCGCCGCCGGCAUCGACAAGAAGCUCGCAAGGCACAUCGCUCAUCUCUUCGUGCGGGACCCGCUGGUCAUCUACAGCGAGCGGAUUCACAUCCCCGACUCCGACUCCACCGACCACUUUGAGAACAUUCAGUCAACCAACUGGCAGACGGUGCGCUGGAAACCUCCUCCUCCCGGCAGCGACGUUGGCUGGCGCGUCGAGUUCCGCUCGAUGGAGGUGCAGCUGACAGACUUUGAGAACGCAGCCUUCACGGUGAUGACGGUGCUGAUCUCGCGAGUGCUGCUCUACUUCCGGCUCAACCUCUACAUGCCUCUCUCCAAGGUCGACAAGAACAUGCAGGAGGCUCACCGACGCGACGCGGCGACUGAGGGGAAGUUCUGGUUCCGAAAGCACAUGGCCAUCACUGAGGAGCUCGAGGACGGACAGACGCACGACGAGUGCGAGCUGAUGAGCAUCUACGAGAUUCUGACAGGAAAAGGCACUCACUUCCCCGGGCUCCUCCCACUCGUCUUCGCCUACCUCGACAACAUCGGAUGCGACACGCUGACACGCGACUCCGUGAGACGAUAUGCGAUGCUGCUGGAGAAGAGAGCCAAGGGUGACCUUUUGACUGCCUCCGCAUGGAUUCGCAAGUUUGUGAAGCAGCACCCUCGGUACAACAACGACUCGGUGGUCACUGACGAGAUCGCCUAUGACCUCUUGAUUGCAUGCUCCGAUAUUGGUGAGGGCAGACGAAAGGCCCCUGACGUCUUUGGGAAUGUGGUCAUCGAGCCGCUCACCAAGGAUGGAGCGUACGAGGUGUCGCUGGAGUCAACGCCGCUGGACCAGAAACAGAGAAGUCUACUGAUUGAAAAGUAUCGGAUGAGGGCGCUUGACAACAAGGAGAAAGGAACGUCAAUCUCUGACGGCUGGACAAGUCCAGUAGAGGAGCAGGUCAUGGAGGCAACUGGACGAACCCCCCCCGAAUGUCGCCUGUGCGUCACCUCUCAUGCCUGCCGCUGCGCCAGUACGGAGGGCGAAAAAGUGAAGCGAAGUCUAUCGGCUGGUCUGGACGAUGAGAGUGAAGAAUUCUCACAAGCAGCAAGAGAAGCUGUAGAUUCAUAACCUUGUAGAUCAAUCUUUAAACUUCUCCUUCACGUCU